AUGGUAUUGCUCACAGGCUGGAAAAUGGGCGCCUAUACUCAGCUGGGCGCCUUAAGUCGGGCUUUGUCUGGCACGAGGGGCAGCUACAGGUUGACCCUUCGCACACGUCUAGCAGAUGCAAAAUCUGCUCAGAGUUCAUGGCGGAGGGAAUAUAGAAGCAGCAUAUGGAGAGAAGCAAGUCUCACGAAACCUAAAAGGACACUUUUUGCUGGGGUACAUACUUUACAUUACAACAAGAGCACAGCACAGCAUGAUGCGGCCACGAGAUACAAGGUCAUAUUCCGUCAAUACACACAGAAAGCAGAAGAUGGAACGAACAAGGAAAGACUGGCAGAGGAGGUGUCGAAAAAAGAAAAGGUCGAGGAAAAGGUCGAGAAGAAGAACCUUGGGAUAGGUGCCCGGGUGAAGUACUUUUUGCUAAGACAAAACCGGCCUUUCAAUGUCGACGAGAUUACGGCGUUCUUCUCGUGGAUUCUGAUGGGAAAUUUCAUCUGGAUCAUUAUUGGAACAACGACGUUUUUUGGCGUGCUCAUAUACAUUCUCAAUUGGAUCGGAGACGGAGAGGUGGAAAAGCUUGUGCUGAAGAAAUUACUUACGUUUGACAACAAGCUCAUGGUGGACUUCAGCGGACCAAACUUCAUGGCGACUUGGGAAGACGGCAAGAUCAAAAUCCGGAACCUGCGGGUGCAGUCGAGUUCUGCGAGGGAUAAUGCGCAUCUGAACUACCAGCUGGACAUUGCGGAGAUCAACCUCACACUCUCGUCGAGCAAGUGGCUUGACGGGAAGGGGUUGAUCGACGGAAUCGAGAUCGAGGGGUUGCAGGGCGACGUGAACAUGCUUGACGGGACGGAGCUGAUCCUGGACAACUCAUUCCACGACAACUACGAGUUGAACCACCUUAAGGUGAAGCACUCGAAGAUCAGCUUCCACAGCGAAACGCUGUUCAACAAGCCAUUGGAACUGGUGGUGUUCAACUGCGACAUGGGCCGGUUGCGGCGGAAGUGGAUGGUGUACGACUUCUUGAACGCCAACACGAUGUUUGGCUCGCUCGGCGGGUCCUUGUUCACGUUGCACAAGCGUCAGCACCGGUUUGCGCACUUCAGCGGGAUGGACCUCCACGACGAGAUUGACGACUACAGCAACAGCACGCUGAACUCUGUGAACGAGAGCCGGCAGUUCGGCAGCACCGACACGGGCCACGCCGGUUCUGGCGGCGGCACGGGCGGCACGGGCGGCGGCACGCGGUUCGGCGGCAUCAAGUACAAGGUGAGCAACGACAGCAACGACGGCACGAACGAACACAGCAGUGGUAGCGGGGGAGGCACAGGUGGCCGGGCAGACGGCGAUGCGGAGGGCGACUUCUGGAAGAAGAUCACGCGGCUCCGGAUCGACAUGCUCGACCUCUCCUUCUUGAACGAGCACUCGAAGUUGAACUGGAUCGAGUCGGGUAAGGCGGAGGUGAUUUUCGACAUCAUGUUGCCGAACGACGACGACGGCCGCGGCGACGGCGGCGGGCCGUACUUUGGUGGGGGCUCGUCCUUGAAGAAGGACCUCAACUUCGAGUUCUCCGUCGACGGCGUGAAGCAGAUGCUGCACACGGUGUACCGCAAGUUGACCGACGGCGACGGCGACGCAGGUGCCGCAGCCCGCGGCGCCAGCCCGGCCGAGAUGAACAAGUACGUGGUGAUCGACAUGAAGAUCAACUACUUCAACCUCACCGCGAAGUACCCGGACACGCUUCCGUGCUCAAGCCUCACGGGGCUCCCGUACCUCACUGCGAAGGACCUCCAGUCGCUCGUGACGUUCAUCAACGACGAGAAGUUCGGGCUCUCGUCGUCGAGGUUUGGCCAGCUCUCGAACGACCUCGGCCACGAGGAGCCCGACUCCGACACCGACGGCGUCGCCGACGGCGGCGACGCCCAGUCCGCCAACAACUACCACACGGGCACCGCCGCAGGCGGCAGCAGUGGUGCUGCUGCCGGCGGCAAAGCCGCCCCCGACGACGCCGACGCCGACGCCCCGGUCGACGUGGACGACCCGGCGGAGAGCGGCCUCCUCCUCCACGGCGACAGCGUGCGCACGCUCCCGCCGAUCAAGUUCCGCAUAGUGCAGAACCUCAACGACUUCGAGUACCUCGACCUGCCAUCGCUCUUGAGCUUCACCAGCAUGGAGCGGCCCGACGACGGCUGCGACGAGAAGACGCUGCGCAGCUUCAUCAACACCAACAAGUUCAUCGACAGCUCCAUCGUCGAGGUGCUGGCCCUGCUCCUCGUGUACAAGGACGAGAUCCAGACCCGCCUGCUCGACAUGUACUCCCGCCGCAGCGGCUUCGAGAUCCUCUUCAACAACUUCAUCUUGGGCAACCUCAUCCUUGUCGGCCUCGGCAGCUUUGUCAUCUAG